CUCUCGGGUGCGUCUGGCCCCUCAACAUUGCUUGACUCACCGCUUGGUACUGACGAGGAUUUUACCUAGACCACCUGUGGAGAGCCUUGUCCGCUUAAGACCCCACUGUUCUGCAUAAGAGCCCCUACCCGUCUUCAACCUUUAUACUCCUGCCGCCAAGAUGUUCACUCACUUGGCUGCCCGUCUCCCCAAUGCCUUGGGCCAUGCUGUCCCCAGGGUGUCGUCCCGCUUCCCGGCCCACGCUCGUCUUCUGAGCAGGCUUGCGGUUGACGGCAGCAAGGGCAGAGCCAUGCCUGCCACCAAAAACAGGGCCACCGCUGCCGCAUCCGGUGUUGAUGCCACCUUCACCAUCAGAGAUGGCCCCGUGUUCCAGGGCAAGGCCUUUGGCGCCAACUCCAACAUCUCAGGCGAGGCCGUCUUCACGACGUCCCUCGUGGGAUAUCCCGAGUCCAUGACGGACCCUUCUUACCGUGGCCAGAUCCUGGUAUUCACCCAGCCUCUGAUUGGUAACUAUGGUGUGCCCUCGAAUGAGCGGGACGAGUACAAUCUCCUCAAGUACUUCGAGUCCCCCCAUAUCCAAUGUGCCGGCGUUGUUGUCGCCGACGUGGCUGAGCAGUACAGCCAUUGGACGGCCGUCGAGAGCUUGGGCGAGUGGUGCGCUCGAGAGGGCGUGCCCCUCGUGUCUGGCGUGGAUACCCGCGCCAUUGUCACGUACCUGCGAGAGCAGGGUUCCUCGCUCGCCAGAAUCUCUAUUGGCGACGAGUACGAUGCCGACGAAGAUGAGGGUUUCAUCGACCCCGGUCAGAUCAACCUGGUCAAGCGCGUGAGCACCAAGGCGCCAUUCGUGGUCGCGAAUCCCAAUGCCACUUUCCACAUCGCCCUGAUCGACUGCGGCGUAAAGGAGAACAUCCUGCGCAGCUUGGUCAGCCGCGGGGCGUCGGUCACCGUGUUCCCGUACAACUACCCGAUCCACAAGGUGGCGGACAACUUUGACGGUGUCUUCAUCUCAAACGGCCCCGGUGACCCGACCCACUGCCACGAGACGGUGUACAACCUCGCCCGCCUGAUGGAGACCUCCUCGGUCCCCAUCAUGGGUAUCUGCCUCGGCCACCAGCUUCUGGCUCUCGCCGUUGGCGCGCAGACGAUUAAGCUCAAGUACGGCAAUCGCGCGCACAACAUCCCCGCGCUCGACUUGACCACGGGCCAGUGCCACAUCACGAGCCAGAACCACGGCUACGCCGUCGACGCGAGCACCCUGCCGAGUGAGUUCAAGGAGUACUUUGUCAACCUCAACGACGGCAGCAACGAGGGCAUGUUGCACAAGACCCGCCCCAUCUUCUCGACCCAGUUCCACCCGGAGGCCAAGGGCGGUCCCAUGGACAGCGCCUACCUCUUCGACAAGUACCUGCAGAACGUCAAGAUGUUCAAGGACAGCGCAAAGGUGUACCGCGACAACAGACCCUCGCAGCUGAUGAUUGACAUUCUCAGCAAGGAGCGUGUUGGCGUGGAGCCCUCGCCCCUGGCGAAUGCUGCAUGAGUCUGUUUUCUAAUGCUGAGUUUGCACGUGGGUUGUUUCUGGGUUUCUGAGGUUUGAGCGUUUGGCUUUCUUUCAACGGUAUCCAGCUAAAUUGAAAUGUAUCUGCUUUACUCGACCGAAAGCGUGGGCAGGAAGGGGAUCGAGCGAUUCAACGAGCGAAUUGUUUAGACAAGCGUCAAUGGCAUAGUUCAGAUUGGUCUAAAAUCACUAUUUCGUCUCCUGACCAUAUCCCUUGUUUGCCGUGUUGGGUUUUGCUAAGCAAUGUUGCUUUGUUGCUGAAAAGCUCUUCAUUUCCACUGACCUGGAUAAGUAUCGCGAUGUUGAAGUCGCGCAUGGUGGUGGUGAUGGAGCUUAGAUGUAGAAUGGUAUCAGUCCAUGGAAUUGCACAGCUGUCUCAAAUAGUGGUAAUUUCUCAGCAGUCAAUAUGAAUCUAUGAC